AUGUUUUUAAUAACGAUAGUGCUUAUCAUAUUUGUUAUAUGGGUGUACUGUAGAUUAAGUUGCGGAAUAUGCAAGAACAGCAGACAUUUGGUUGGAAAAACGAUUAUUGUGACUGGAGGAAAUGCUGGCAUCGGAUACGAGACUGCAAAGGAUUUGGCGGAGAGGGGCGCGAAGGUGAUUCUGGCGUGCAGGAGCGAGGCGCGUGGCGUUGCCGCCAGGGACCGGAUUGUCGCUGCUACUGACAACCCAAACAUACACUACCGACACCUCGACCUCGCCUCCUUAAACUCAGUCAGACACUUCGCAGACGCCAUCAUCAAAACCGAAAAACGCCUCGACGUUCUCGUAAACAACGCGGGCUGCUACGCAGCCGAUUUCCAAUACAGUGAAGACGGAUUGCUCCUUAAAAUGCAGAACAAUCACUUUGGACCUUUUCUACUGACCAAUUUACUGCUUCCGCUAUUAAAAACUUCAGCUCCCAGUCGCAUUAUAAACGUAUCUUCUCUCGCACACGUUGGAGGCGUUAUCGACUUCGAUAAUCUCAAUGGAGAAAAGGAAACCGUAGAGACUUACAAUGAACUGAAAGUCUACUGCAUUUCAAAGCUGUGCAACAUAUUAACGACAGUAGAAUUAGAACGGUGGUUAAAAGGAACGGGUGUUACAGUUAACAGUCUACAUCCUGGAAUUGUCGCAACGGGGUUCGGAAGUGAUAACUGGCUGGCAUCAAACUUCCUAUUUUACCUGAAGGCGUUUUGGAAGAGUCCGUGGGAAGGAGCGCAGACGACGAUCUACCUUGCCGUGGCGCCGGAGCUGGUAACUACUAGUGGACGAUAUUUCAAAGACUGUGCAGAAGUGUCACCCAGCAAACAAGCGCAAGAUGUUAAUUUGGCCCGAAGACUUUGGGAAGAAUCGGAGAGAUUAGUACAAUUCAAAGACACUGCCGCGUGAGAC